AUGUAUCCAGCGCUCCGGACGUCUAUACUGUCAAGCGCCCGUUGCUGGGAUGCCGACAGUGAGCGGUCCUACCAGGUUCUCUUUGAUAAACUUGACACCAAUAAAGAUGGCAGGGUGGAUGUGGCUGAAUUACGAGCGGGCCUUAAGGCGAUGGGGAUGUUUCGCCACGGUGCAGCACAGAAAAUCGUGUCAUCUGGAGACCGGAACAAGGAUGGGUGUUUGGACUUUAACGAGUUUACCAAAUAUCUGAAGGAGCAUGAGAUGAAGCUGAUGCUGACAUUCAAAAGUCUGGACAGAAACAACGAUGGGCACAUUGAUGCCACAGAGAUCCAGCAGGCCCUUGCAGAACUGGGCAUAGAUAUCAGCAGGAAACAUGCAAUGAAAAUCUUACAAAGCAUGGACAUCGAUGGAACCAUGAUGGUCGACUGGAACGAGUUCAGAGAGCACUUCCUGCUGUAUCCUGCCUUCAACCUGGAAGAGAUCAUCCGCUACUGGAAGCACUCCUCGUUCCUGGACAUUGGUGACAGCCUCUCCAUCCCGGAUGAGUUCACGGAGGAAGAGAAGAGAUCAGACGAGUGGUGGAAGCAGCUGGUUGCUGGUGCUGUGGCGGGCGCCGUGUCUCGCACGGGGACGGCCCCUCUGGACAGGCUCAAGGUCUUCAUGCAGGUUCAUUCCUCCAAAAAGAACAAGAUCAGCCUGAUCGGGGGGCUGAGACAGAUGAUUGUAGAAGGAGGUCUGACGUCGUUGUGGCGAGGAAACGGGAUCAACGUCUUAAAGAUCGCACCUGAGACCGCAAUCAAGUUCAUGGCCUACGAACAAUAUAAGAAGUUGUUAACUUCAGAGGGAAAGAAAAUAGAGACUCAUAAGCGGUUUAUGGCAGGGUCUCUGGCUGGGGCCACAGCACAAACAGCCAUCUACCCAAUGGAGGUUUUAAAGACUCGGCUGACCUUAAGGAAAACCGGCCAAUACGCGGGAAUGUUUGACUGUGCCAAGAAGAUCCUGAGGAAGGAGGGGGUCAUUGCUUUUUAUAAGGGCUACAUUCCAAACUUAAUAGGCAUCAUUCCCUAUGCAGGGAUAGACCUCGCAGUUUAUGAGACUCUGAAGAGCACUUGGUUGUCUCAUCACGCCAAAGACUCAGCUAACCCUGGAGUUCUGGUGCUGCUGGGUUGCGGAACCAUCUCCAGUACCUGCGGCCAGCUCGCCAGCUAUCCUCUGGCUCUCAUACGCACACGGAUGCAGGCACAAGCGUCUCUAGAUGUGUCAGACCAGCCCUCCAUGAGUUCUCUGCUGAGGACGAUUGUAGCCAAAGAUGGUUUCUUUGGGCUCUACCGAGGCAUCCUGCCAAAUUUCAUGAAAGUCAUUCCUGCUGUCAGCAUUAGCUAUGUGGUUUACGAGUACAUGAAGACCGGCUUAGGGAUCUCAAAAUGAUGACUGCGAGGAGCAAAGGAAGAACACUCAGUAAUUGUUAGACUUGAAAGCAAAACACACACACAGACACACACAAAGUAAUCUCCAAAACAUACAGAGCAUGACUUGAUUGGUUGACUGGAUGGAAAGCUGUAUGUAUGUUUUAACUAUUGCCUGCCAGUAGUGUUUUGAUUAAUUGUGGUGCGCAUGCUUUAUUUUUAAUCUUAAGAUUGCACGUCACACUCCCAUACACACAGUCUGCAAAGACAUUUCUGAAGAAAAAAAAAAAUUUUUAUUUACUGUUUUAAGUUGUGAUGAAGCAAAAGAUAAGACAUGAUGUGAUGAUUUUGUUUAUAUAUCUAUAUAUGUAUCUAAGAAGAAGAUCUUUCCAGGGAAAGUUGGAUCUUAUCCUAAGCUAUGCUGUUUUUCAGGGUCAGAAAAGUAACACUAAGGCUGUUUCAAUCUGUACUUGUCCUCACACUGGAGAUCUCAUUUUUCACUUUUACUUUUAAAAACACACCUCCCCUUUUAAGGACACAAGCUUCAGAUAAGCAGGUCUCCAACCAGCAGCUGUCGACUAAACAGAACGAGGCCUCAGAAGUCCAUACUUAUUAACACUGGAACCGAGUGUGCAUAACGACACACUUCUCGUGCAAUGUGAAAUCCUGCGUACGUCAUGAUUAUUUACAUGUGCCUUACAGCCUCUUGAUGCAAACCUCGGAGAUGACUUUUUCAGCUAUAUAAACUGUAUCUAUGUACUGUAUAUCGACAUGUUUUCAGGUAUGCUUAUUUAUUGGACUGAUUGACAAAUCCUGUUAAUAGACUGAAAUACCUGUAAAGAUCAAACUGUCUGGUGUCUCUUAUUUUCAAUUUGAAAACAUGUAAGCAUGCAGCGCAAGGAUCCAUUGUUAUCUAAAGCUAAAAGAUGAGCAUAGAUGUUUUUAUUUUAAAGCAAACAUGAUAGUGUGAUCUCUGUGUGAUUUCAGCUAUAAGAGAACAUCAACACUUAAUGGAUUAAAGGUCAAUCAAGAUUUUCUAUCCAAAUGUACGUUUUGCUUUUAGCUAGAAUGUUAUACUAUAAAGAUGGACAGGGAUAUUUAUGUUAGCUAUUGUUGCUUAAAAAGGGUCAAGAUGACAGACAGAUUAGAAGGUUUUGAAAACACUGCCCUCUCUAACACUGCGAUCAUUGGUCAACAUUUUAGGAAAAGAUUUCUAUGACAUUCAAGUUUCUUAAAAGUUUACUAUAUUUGCAGUUUUUAAUUUUUAAAUAAAAAUUGAUUAUAUGGAAUUCAGCUUAAAAAUUUGAAGGAGAACAUUUUUUGUUUUUUAUUCUGAUGAUAGCUUUAAAGGGCUUUUCCUUAACGAACUGGUUUUAUCGUGGCCUGAGUGGGAAUUACCAAAAUUUGAAUGGAAUGGCUUUUAUGUUUUGUCGGAUCUUUGAAUUGGUUGGCACAUGCAAAGUGGAUUUUAUUUAAAUGUUGUAAAACCUUCAAAUAAAGUUUUUGAACUUUGUAACAGAACAAUAGCAGAUAAAAGCUUUAUAUUGCAUGGAGACAUGUAAUUUAGAGUCAAAUAAAUGUGCAGUUAAAAGUCAAA